CACAUCCAAAAAGCUCUCCUGAUCAUCAACAUCACAACCGAAACCGCUACCUCGCCAAGUUUGGCAACCCUUGCUUCGUACUCGUACUUUUGUUUUGUGUGUGUCCGUCCCUCUAUCCCGUUUCACGAUUGCUCCAUCUCCUUCUCCCCCAAAGUUCUGUCCUCCCUCUCGCUCACUCUCCCACACACUGACACACUCUCACCUUCGUCGUCGGCGCUAAGCGCCCGUGACUUAAGUCGGGCUUUCUACAUCUGUGUGUGCGUGUUACGUUAAAGCUGAGAAUGUAUGCGCUCGGGGCCCGCUCAGCUAGCUGUAAUUCUGUGUGUUGUUUCUUUUCUUCUUCUGCGUUGCGUUGAGUUCCAAGCAGCGGACCCGGGCUUCGGAACUGCUGCGGGAACUGUGCUGGAACUUGCGAGUACAGUAAGUGAAAGAACGCCGACAAGAACGGAACGGUCGUCCCAGGUUGUUGCGCGCGCUCGCGGUCGAUUGCCAGAGAAUCCGCUACACCUAGAUUGAGAUAGAGAGGAGUGAGUGUGCAAGAGGACGGUUCUGCCCGGAAUCGCGUGUGAAAAUUUCGUUUCGUUUUGGGAAUCGGUAAAGGCGGAAGUGACUUCCGGAACAACUCGGCCGGAAGUGUCCAACCUGGUCUUCUAGAGAGACAGGUGUUUUCUAAGUGGCAAUGUGAAUGUGUGGCCACUUUUUGAGUGAAACUGGAGAAAAAAUAGUUUAAGAAAUACACAAAAAAUACUAAUCAAAGUGCAAUAUUUUCUAAGAUAUUAGUGAGUUAAGUCAGGAUUAAGUGAUCUGAAAGGAAGAACCAACGGCAAACCAGAUCUCGCUGCGACCCUAAGUGAUCAACAAGUUACACAAGUGUCGCAACAAAGCAAGGCCUGUCCCAACUGUCAAAACAGACCUGCUCCCGCAAGUGGAUUACCAAACAAAGGAGCUGUCAAAACGAGAAAAAAAAACAAGUGUCAACAGCAAGUGUUUCUGUGCGGGGUAGUGCUAUGACCCUUAAGUGACCCCCGACUACUAGAUUGGAUUAUUUUCGUCGUAACAGUAGCAGAAGCUAAACCGGAAGCAAGAUGCCGAAGAUCAAACACUGGUUCCGGCAGCACUGGAACAACCAGCAGCAGCAGCUGGUCGAGUCGGCCGAUCCGACCGGCGCCGAUGGCAGCGUCGACGGCGAUUCCGGCGGCGAGGGCGGCCUGAACGAGCCGCUGUCGCUGGUGUCCCGCAAGAAGCAGGUCGGCAAGGAGGCGACAGUCCGCGACAUCUUCGGCGACGAGAACCGCCUGAGCCCACCGUGCCGCGAGUCGUCCGCCUCGCCCUCGAUCUUCUCCUCGGCCAUCCGGGCCGCCCACAGCAGCUCAUCCUCCCCGUCCCUCCUGUGCUCCUCUCAGUCCAGCCGCAGCAGCAAUGGCAACUCACCAGCACCCACACAAUCGUCGCCGCUCUUCCUGCAGCGCACAAUCGCCCAGAUCGCCAAAGAACAGCAGCCGGAAGUGACGACGGCCACAAGCCGCCGAUUGCUGACCCCGGCCGAACGGAAGGACUAUGCGGCGGUUGCGCCGCCGCAGGCGGACAAGAAAGAGAUUUUGCGGGAGGAACGGAACGUGAUUACGGAGGAGCGGGAGGUGGUGCGGGUUGGACCUCCGCGGACACCGCCGCCGUCGAUUCCGGUGGUGCGGUGUUCGGUUAUACGGAGGGCGCCGACGGCGCCGCAGACCGUGCAGAGCCCCGAGAGCAGUCCCAAGGCGGUAGAUUUGAAGGUGCGGGCACCGGAGGUUGAGCCGGAGCAGGAGCAGCCGAUUGACUGUCGGGUGCCGAAGCGGACGGAGGAGAAGGAUGGGAAGAAGGAGGAUGAGGAGAAGGAGAAGCGGAUGAGGGAUGCCCGGAAGGCGGUCAUGUGGCGGCGGCAUUUGCUGGCGAUGCAUGCGUACCAGCAUCGGUUGAAGGUCAACGGGAUCGUGCAGGCCGCGGCGGGCCAUGGAAGGUCUUCGAGCGGAGGAGCUCAGGCUGGUGGCGGUCACAGCAGUGGAGGUGGUAGCAUCAGCUUUUCCGGGGGUUCCGGAGGAAGUAGCGGAGGAAGUGGUGGAGCUAUUGGAGGUGGAGGUGGUGCCGGAGGUGGCAUGGGAGGUGGUCGCGAUGGACGGUCCAAUUACGGGCCGAACAGUCCUCCGACGGGAUCGCUGCCGCCGUUCUACGAGAGCUUGAAGGGAGGAAACGCGGGUGGCCUGAACGGGUACAACGCCAACGGAGGCUUCCUGAACAGCGCCUGGAACAACAUGGACUGCGACACGACCCAGGAUCUCACCAGCAUCGGCGGAGGCUACACGACGGACGCCAACGGGAACUCCGCCUCCGGCGGCGGAGCCACGUCCAAACAAUACUCAAUGCUGCACAACUCCACGUACGGGCUAGCCCUCAAGGACGAAGCGGACCUCGACUACGACUCCAAGAUCGACUCGCUGUCGAACCUGUACGGCACGUACGACGUCAACGACUCCAUGAUGGUCGACAUGAACGGGGUCGGCGUAGACCCGCUCCAGUUCACCGCAACGCUGACCUUCUCCUCACCCGGCGAUAGCAACCUGCUGGACAGCCUCACCGACGCCGUCGACCUGAGCCACUUCCUGAACCGGCUCCCGUCCGACGACCACUCCAGCAACUGCAACGACCUCGAACUCACCUCAACGCCCUCCCUCACCCCGGACUCCGUCUCAACGUCGCUGCACCACGACGGGCUCGACCAGUACCAGGAUCACAUGCUCCUCUCCCGAACCUACAACUCCUUCAACAACAACAACAACACCCACAAAUACAUGCAGAACCACAACCAGCAGCACCACGAAAACCCACCCAGCUACGCGACCUCCCACCACCAGUUCCACUCCCUCAGCAGCUUCGACCUCGACUCGCACAGCAAUCUCUCCCUCCCCUCCCCCACCAGCCACUCCCUCCAAUCCCCAUCCUCAUCCUCCUCACCUCCCUCCUCAUCCUCCUCGUCAGCGGCCGCGGCCGCCGCCGCCGCAGCAGCCGCUGCCAUCGCCGCCGGAAUGCCCCAUCACGCGGGUUCCCUGAACGGACCCGCCGUCACCGCGCCUCCCCCGGCCGUCGUCGCAUCAACCAUCCAAAACGUAAGUCGAACCGCUCAGCUCAGCUACCACAUUUCGAUGCUGUCCGCGCCCAACUCCGCGUCCUGUUCGCCGUCGCCGUCCGAGGAGCUGGUCAAGACGACCCACUCCUCGCCUCCGCUGUCCACCAUUCCCCUGUCCCCGAUUGUGGCCGAUGUGAAAUUGAACGUUUUACAGCAAAGGCUCGGUCUCCCCGCCGAGGUCCAGCUCGAGUUCGUCAACGGUGGCCACGGCAUCAAAAACCCACUCGCGGUGGAAAACGUGCCCGGCCGGCUUCGCGACAGCUCCGAAGAGAAGCACCACGGCAAACUGCUCUCGCACCAACAGCAACAGCAACAACAGCAACAGCAGCAGCAGCAACUUCACCAGCAAUCCCAGCUCCAGCAGCACCAGGCGGACCUGCUCGGCGACGAGAACGGAUGCACCAGUUCCGGGUCCGGCUCCGGUGCCGACUCGGGCAGUGGCAGCACCAGCGGAAGCAGCAAGUUCUGCUGCCGGAUAUGCCAGAAGACGUUCACGCUGCAGCGGCUGCUGAACCGGCACAUGAAGUGCCACAGUGACGUGAAGCGCUACCUGUGCACGUUCUGCGGCAAGGGCUUCAACGACACGUUCGACCUGAAGCGCCACACGCGCACCCACACCGGCGUCCGGCCGUACAAGUGCAACCUGUGCGAGAAGUCGUUCACGCAGCGGUGCUCGCUCGAGUCGCACUGCCUCAAAGUGCACGGCGUGCAGCACCAGUACGCGUACAAGGAGCGCCGCACGAAGAUGUACGUGUGCGAGGAGUGCGGCCACACGACGAACGAGCCGGAAGUGCACUACCUGCACCUGAAGGAGAAGCACCCGUACUCGCCGGCCCUGCUCAAGUUCUACGACAAGCGCCACUUCAAGUUCACCAACUCGCAGUUUGCAAACAACCUGCUCGGCUCGUUCCCGAUGCCGGUGCAGAAUUAGACGGCGAGAGCGAGAUGGCGAUACGCGACCCCCUCCCCCCCUUGCGGGGGGUUCCUCUCUGUUGAAAUGAGAUAAGUAGCAUGUAGAAAAAAAACGAAAACGAAAAGUUUAGUGAAAAGAAGAGGAGAAGUAAUCAAAGUAGGCGAUAACAUGUUAAACGUUUAAACACUAACAAUUAUUUAUUUGCUGCAAUAUUAUUUUAUAUUACUACUAAUCGCGUAGACAUGUAAGGCAACACACACACACGAAGGAGAGUGAAAGAGAGAGAGAGAGAGAACCAACUUUUUUGCUGGAGACAAAAAAGGGGUCGCGUAUCGGAGAAAAAAUCAGCAGCUAAGGCUUUUUAUGUGUAAUUUUUUUUUAGAUUUUUUUUUAGUUUCAGUUUAGUAGAAGAGAGAAAGAUACACACAAAUCAAAAAAGGACACUCAAACACAAGCAAGUUAGCAGGCAAGCAAGAGAGAGAACAAAAGAAUUGAUUAAUGAAGAAGCGAAGAAGAAGAUGCCGGCCGGGUCAGCAUCGAUCGACUCGUCGUCGUCGUCGCCAACUGCGAUUGUUUUUUUUUUCGUUGUUUUGUUUUUGCUGAUAGGAUGGAAAGUUGGAAUAAAUGUGUGAGCAAAAUUUGCAGCGGCCGCUGCAAAGUGGUUAAAUUUUGUUGUUUUAGAAACAAAUGUGUCGAUUAUAAUUUCUUAUACUCAUUAAAGCUUUUUAAAAAUUUA